AAUUCUGAUCCAAGGAUCAGCUGGCAGCAGCAAUAACAGCACAGAAAUCCGCAGAAAGACGUGUAAAACUGCGGGUUUUCAUAGUAUGACCCACAGUAUAAAUGCAGUUUAACGUAAUUCACUUCUUCUAAGAAGAAGCCCUUUUUUUUAAAAAAAAUUUUUAUUUUUAUUGCAGAACACCUACCUCAUUUAAGCUACCUAAAGCUGUGCUUUAAGAUAUUUUCGUUUUUACUGAAUCCGUUAGGGUCAUUAAGUUUACAUCCAGAGUAAAUUUUGCGGAGGCAGGCCUUUGCACUGAUACCACAAGAAACCUUACUUUUGCACUACCAGCAUCCAAGCUCCUUCGUGAUCUUGGCUAAGAAGACCAAGAAAAGUGCUCAAACUGUGUGGAGAGGAAGAGAGAGACUGCAGAGCAACUUGCUUGACUUCAGCUUGUCCUAGAAAAGAAUUUUAGCUGAACAUCUAAAGCAGCUUUCAUCAAGGGCCACCACAGUCGAACCCACAGCACCAUCAGCAGGAGCCAGAAUGUUCAAGAGACUUAGCAGCCUUUUCUUCGGUGAGGUGGAGAAUGUCUCCACGGAGAUCACGGGACCCAAGCCCUGCGUGACGGAGGCUGACGAGGAGGGCUGGCUUCUUGUCAACUUGCCCGGGCAUGGUGACUGGGUGGAGAUCAGAGAAGAUGGGGCUGAAGCACCGGCAUUGGCAUGUUCUUCUGCCCAGUGGGACUGUCUGGGUGUGGAGGUGGACAGGCCUUCCUGGACAGAGGGAUCAAAUCUUCCCUCUUGCAACCACCGCAGGACUAAAACGGGCAGCUCAAAAGCAACAAGCCUGCCCUCCCUUGCUUGUCCAAAUCCUUUGGUGGACCAGGCGGUGCUGCCUGGUUCCAUUCCAUUCUCCAGAGGCUCCACCCCUGUGUCCCCAGGCUCUCAGAGUGACUGUAGCUGUGGCCCUGAACGCUGCUGUAUGGAUGAGAGCUGGUUCGUCACCCCUCCCCCGUGUUUCACUGCAGAAGGGGCCACUGCUGAGACCAGCCCCAUGGAAGAUCUCCUUAUUGAGCAUCCCAGCAUGUCCGUCUAUGUUUCUUUGGGAAACCAGCCUGCUGUUGAGGAGAGCGGGCCCAGCCUGGCUGGCAGUGUCAGGGCAACAGAGACAGCGCCCUCUGCUGUGAGGAGUGCCAUGCCCAGCAGGGUUAUCCGUGGGGCAGCCUCCAAGGCCGGUGCCCUGGCUAAAGUAACCCAAGUUACGCGCAUCCAAAGGGCAAAGGCGGGGGCCGAUCGCCGCCAUCUCAGCCGCAACCGGCUCCAACGGCAGAACCGCACCCGGGAGCAAGUACCUCGCCACGCUGCCCGCAUACGUGGCACUUUCCUGCACCAGCCAAGCCAGCGCAGCUUCUGUCACUGAGGCACCUGGAUGGGGGCCUUGUUUACACUGAGGGCAUUAGUACUCCCACCCAUCCCCUUUGCCCCCUUGGUACCUUCCUCCCUGAGCCCUCUUUUUAAUCCUUGUAGUUCUGUUAGUUUUAGCAAACCUAGAUACACUUUGGAUCACGUACUGUUUAAUGCACAACUAACAUGUUAAAGAUGUCCGUUUCAUUCGAGUAGCUCGAUUUCCUCUUUCCUACACUUCUCCUCCUCCACUAGGGGGCAGGCAGUUGAUCAUAACAGCUGUUUAAUUUUGAAUGAGUGCUAGAAUUAAUGCGUUAGUAACUGUAUAAAAUUCGUGUUCUUCUGACAUGCCAUUGACACAGCUAACAGUUAAUUUGGAGGGGGACUGAGAGAUGGUGGCAGUCUCUGUGCAAUGACAGGCUUCCCCCUCCGACACAAAGAACUACUAGUGCGAUCGUCUUUCAAGGUAGAAACAGGUUCUUCAUGAAUGGCUAAGAUAGCCGUCCCAACAUUUUUAAGUACUUUGUGGCAGUUUCAAACAGGGUUUUGAUUUUCUUUUUGUAUUAAAAUGGAGGGAAAAGCAUAGCAUGAGAUGCAUUUUUUUCGGCUUUUUCUGCGUUCCUUUCAGAUGUCUCGUCUUAUUUACUUAAGUUGCCUAAUCUCUACAGACCAGGAGAUGUGAGAUGUAUUGUAGUGAGAAAAAUGAAUACAUCCCAAAGAAGCACAGAUACACUGGUUCCUUGUGCUACAAACAGUGGAGUUAUGGAUUUUCAAAGUUAACAUUUUUCAGUUUUUGAUGAGCUUUUCCUCACCAAUUUUGUAAAAUUUCUAAAUUAGCAGUUGGGUGGGUACAUAAACUGUUUUCCAAUAAGUGGCAGUAAAAUGCACUCGAGAGUGUGGGACCGAUGAAUAUUGUACAUAUUUAUGGGAGGGAUCCAUCAAAAAUCAGCACUGGAUAUUAGUUUGUGGAGCCAUUUUUAUUUUCAGUAAUUUUCGACCAGUUCCAAUGGACCUCCAAGUUAAUAUUCAGAUUGACAUUGCUUUAAAAAAUUGGUUUACAGUACCUAAUUUGAUAAAUAAGUGAAAGGACAUGUAUUCUGCUUUUAUUAAUUGUGAUUGAGUAAAAAUGGUGUUUGUUGGGUGAGGAGCCAGUAUGUAGGCCUUUUUAAUGUACACGGUUGGCAAAAGCAUGUUGAAGAAGGUGAGCGGAAGAAUGAAAUGGAGAGAAAGGGAAGGGUGAAGCAGUUAAGUGUUCAGUGUAACUCUUUGGGUGGCUAACAUUUUUUAAUUCCUUGCUGUUUUUUGCAUCACUGCAUCUUAACAAGAUGCUUGUCAUAUCUUAAAUGUAUAAAUUAAAAUGAAGCGAAUCUUUUACAAGAUGAGAAAUGUUAGAGAAGGUGAAGGAUGAUAUAGAGGCCAGAUUCUUAUUUUAGCAUUUUAAUACUUCAUACAUGGUUACUGAACUGCCUACAUUUUCACUAUCCAGUGAUAACAUUAUAAAAGCCUGUCAUUAUAAUCAGAGGUUAUUUUCAAUUGCAGCUGAUACUGCAGGCAGGAAAUGUGCUACAGGUUAGCUGAGCUCACUGCAUCACUGUGAAACUUCAAAAGUAAAAAUGUGUGGUUUUUCUGAGGCCGGGGUGGGGAUUGCUUUCGUUUUCAUGUACUCGCUUUCAUACACACCGUCCAUGCUGACAUUAGGACUGUCCCGUUGUGUCAUAGUAUAUCGUUGCGUAAUAUCGCCAAACUUCCAUCUUUCUUUGUCAGUAUUUUAGGCAUGUAGGAAGAACAGAGGAAAGUCGUGUUUUCUCCCUUUCUGAUGAUUUUCCAUAAAUUGACAUCUUUUUUGUUCAAGGUUACUGACUCUAAGAAAAGAAUGUGACUGAUUUUAUUCCAUGUUCUCCCUGUAAUAGGACAUC